CAGUUCCUUCGCCAUUCGCACUAGGUCCUCACGUCUGCAGCAGCUCGCCGGUCGUCUUCUCCGCAAGGUUAGAUGCGGCAUUGGCUUCUGCUGCUUACUCCAGUGUCGUGUCAUAUAUGAAAAAUUCAGAAUCCAAUACUGUUUUAUGCUAAAUAUGUGCAAGGUUCAUUGGUUUAUUCUCUCUCUGUCAAAAAUUUAUUCUCAAACAGUAUAAAGCAGGAGAUAUGGCGGGGCGUGAUGAUUCAAGAGCACCAGAGAAAAAAUCAAGUGAUUCCGCAAAUGGUUUUCCAACUUUCAAUGCUGAGAAUUUUCAAAAUAACAUGAAAAUUAUUUAUUACAGUCGAACUUUUUUGUCCAUUAUCGGUGGAGUCAUGGCUGGAAUUUUAGGAUUUACAGGCUUGACUGGGUUUGUUUUUUAUUUCUUAAUCAUGGCAAUCACUUCAGUGGGAUUAACAGCCAAGGCAAGGUUUUCCAUUGAUUCAUAUUUUGAUUGCUGGAAUCGGAUUAUACUUGAUGGCUUUUUGAGCGGACUCAUGUCAUUCGUGCUGUUCUGGACCUUUGCUUAUGACAUUGUUCACAUAUUCUGAGCGACCGUUGGCUGCCUCGUAUCUGCUUUGGAAGGAAACAAAAGCUGGUUCUGCUGCUGCUGCCGCCGCCGCCUUUGCCACCUACCCUUGACAUUUUGUUAUCUGGUCAUCCAGCCGCUCAGGAGUGAUAGCUAAUGCUGGAAACAAUUUUAUGUUAUUUUUCUUUUAAAUCCCUCUCCAUUCAAAAUCACUGUUGGGUUUGCUUUAUGUACUGUUAUUCUCUUUAGAGGAACUCUCAUUAGUUCAAUAGUUCAGUUGUAACUAGUAACCCUAGUUGAAAAAACCAAAAAUCAGCACGAGACUGAGCUGUCUGGCUUGCACUUCACAUCGUGGCAUGAGUUUUUUUUUUUUUUUAAAUUAGAAAAUACUUCUUUAUUGAAAA